AUGGCGAGUCUACGUCUUGACUACAAGUACCAAGGUUCUUACCUUCCAAAGGUUACCAACUGGCCAGGUCAGGCGCGUGGCAGUGGCGGGUCCAAGAUUCCAACCCUGGUAGCAUACGAUGGAACUCGAAAUGUGGCUUGCGGAGAAGAGGCGUUGAAGCAUCUGGACUCUGACACCGUACGCGUAGCUAAGCUAUUCAAGCUUCACCUACAUCCAGAGACUAUCAAGACUGGGCUGCAAAGUCUUGCCAUUCCGCCUCUCCCUUACGGCGUUUCGAUCACCAAAGUUUAUGCGGACAUCAUAUCAUACCUCUUCUCUCACACGCGAUCGUAUUUCGAGGAACGUGGUGGGGGAUCAAUAGUUUGGAGCCGUUUGCGCGACAGCAUGGAGUUUAUCUUUGCCAUCCCAAAUGGCUGGAACUACAUCCAACACCAGACUCUACGUCAAGCCGCCAUUGACGCUGGAUUGUUCCCGUCCUGGAAAGCCAACUCUCAGCUUCAGUUUAUCACCGAAGCUGAAGCCUCUGUUCACUUUGCACUCACAUAUGGAACGACCAAAGGAUGGAUGAGUUCUGGGGAGGUUUUUGGAGUCAUUGAUGCUGGUGGUUCAACGACCGACAGCACUCUCUACACCUGUUCCUCUGUCUAUCCCGAUAUGGUUUUACGCGAGGCAGGGGCAGGAGGAGUCACUGUAGACGACGGCUUCCGGAGCAUGCUGCGCAAUAAGCUCAGAAACUCAGAUUAUGAAGAUGAGGAAACUGUUGAAACCAUUGUCACGAACUACGAACCGAAGACCAAGCGCUUAUUCGACGGGGUCAUGGACAGGAAUGUUGUCCAAUUCGGUGGACCUCGUGAUACCGACAGAAAUUUGGGUAUAUUCAAAGGGAAGAUUUCGCUUACAACCUCCGAAAUGGUCAUUGCAUUCAAUGAGACCGUCUCCAAAAUUUUGGCAAGCGUGCGGCGGCUUGUUAGUAAAUCAACACCAAAGUAUCUCCUUGUUGUCGGAGGGUUUGGCGAGUCGCCUUAUCUCCAAAAGCGUCUCAAGGACGAAUUUGGCAGUCGGGGGAUCAGUUUUAUCAUCUGCCCAGAUCAGGCAACAAAGAAGGCCGCAGCCGAAGGUGCCGCGAUUUGGUACCUAAAGAAGCUUGUCAAGUCUCGUAUUGCCCGUGCGACGUUUGGGACAUGCACCAACACGCCGUAUGAGCCAGCCCUCCAUCGUUCAAGACCCUACCAAAUUCGCACAAACCACGCAGGCGUCAUACAAGCCACUGAUGUUUUCGAUACAUGGGUGACAAAGGGCACGAUCGUGGAAGAUGGAUUCUCUCACGUUGAGAAGUAUCGAAUCACCCGGGCCAAAAACUUUCUUACGUCGUGGUUCAGCAUACCCCUUGGUAUGCAAGAGCAAGAAGUAUAUAUGUGGGAAGGUGAGGACCCACCGACCUGGGUCAAGGACAAGUCGGGUGCUGUAACUCCGGGACUCAAACACGUCUGCACCGUCAAAGCUGAUGUCAGUGGUCUCACAAACUCGAUGGAAGUACGCUCUGGAAGCAAAGGCGAGUACUAUGCCGUGGAGUUUCAGGUGGCCAUCUCGCUACCCGUCGGGGGAGCACAAUUGCAAGCGAAGCUGCAGUGGGAAGAACAUGGGGUGAAAAUGGAAGGCCCAGCGAGUACCAUUGUUGACCUUGGUAACUAG